UAUCUGAAAUAAAAUAAAUAAGCUAAAUAAAGGAAUAAAUAAACAAGCAGCUAAAGGGUCACACAUUGAUGUAAUGCCCUGGACUGUAACUUUCCAGCCCUAGGAGGACCACCUGCGCAGGGAUCGAUGGGACUUGUAGUUCCCAACUGCGCUCAACAGCUGAGUGACGGGUGAGACCGGAAGCGGUGUAGGCCAGGACAGGAAGUUGUCUGUUGUCAAUGGCAACCAGUAGUAAGCGCGUUCCCUGAGAAGUAAAGAUGCCGAUCAUAGUGAAGGACUAUACAUGGCAGCAGAGCGACAAGGAGAUCUUUAUAUCGGUGCCGCUGAAGGGAACCGCGGCGGGGCACAGCAGUGUAAUGUGCACGGAGCGCUAUAUCAAGGCAAGUUUCCCACCUUUCCUGUGUGAAGUUUUUCUCUUUGCCCCAAUUGAUGUAGACAGAAGCGUCACAAAGAUUGGAAAUGGAAUCAUUCUGUUUACUCUGUACAAGCAAGAGCCCUGUGUCUGGGAUUCCCUCUGCCUGGCUAAUGUCACUAAGGAGACAAUGCAAAAACUUAGAGAGGACGCCAUUGUGAGAAUGCAGGAGAAAACCAAGGAAGAUGCUCAGUCCAAAGCUGUGAAAAAAAGGGAAAAUGAAAAAUAUUCUCUUGAGGUCAUGAUGAAGAUCGAUGAAGACGAAAGAAAGCGAAUAGAGCUUGUAAAAGAGGAGGAGAGACGGAAGGCAAGCGAGGAACUAGAAAAGUUUAAAGAGCAACAGAGAAUAGAAGAGGAAAAGAGGAAAAUACAGAGGGAGCAAAAGAGAAAGGAGGAAGAAAAGAAGAGGAAUUCUUUAAAUAAAUCUAUGUUCUCACAUUCUCCCCAACCCUGCAUACAAGAAAAACACAAGAUUGAAAAGUCUGUGCCUCCCACAAGGAAAUGUGGCAGCAUCCAGAUCCAUUUCACCCCUCGAGUAUUCCCUACUGCUCUCAGGGAAUCUCGGCUGGCAGAAGAGGAAGAGUGGUUACAGAAGCAAGCAGAAUCCCGCAGAGCCAUUAACACCGACAGCCUUGACCUUCAAGAUUUAAAAGAAGAAGAGAAAAACCCAGAGUGGCUAAAGGACAAAGGAAAUAAACUAUUUGCUGCUGGCGACUAUUUAGCAGCUGUAAACGCCUUGAACCUUGCAAUACGGUUAAAUGACAAGAUGCCAACCAUGUAUCUCAAUCGAUCAGCCUGCCACCUUAAAUUAAGAAACCUCCAUAAAGCCAUUGAAGACGCCUCUAAGGCAUUGGAGCUGCUCACUCCACCGGUUCCUGACAACGCAUCAGCCAGGCUUAAGGCUUAUGUAAGACGUGGCACUGCCUUCUGCAACCUGGAACUCUAUGUCGAAGGUCUACAGGACUAUGAAGCUGCCCUCAAGAUUGACCCUGCCAACGUAAAUGUGAAAUCUGAUGCUGAGAAGAUAAGACAGAUCAUCCAGGGCACCAGUUUAGUUCCUGAAUGAAUGAACAUACACUCAUCGGUUUACUUGUCAUGCUUCCUCCACCUGUACAUUUAUACAAAGUGCCUAAUAUGUGUUCAUAUUUAUCAUGUAACUACUUGUUUUACUAUGCACCGGUCAGCUAUAAUAUUGAAACCAUGGUAGGUGUUCACACUGGUGUGGUUCUCUAUGGCGGCCAUUGUUUUUAUGAUGCUUUGUCUGUGGGGUGGUGUCAUUCAUAUUCACGACGGGGAGCGAGGUAAGAGACAUCCCUCCAUCUUUGCAGUUGAUCGUGAUGAUUUUGUCGCAGUUGUACAAUCAGCCCACUGAGCUAACUGGCAAUGCUAUUUCCUGCAUUUAGAUGUCAUGAUCAACUUUGAUCACAGCAUCUAAAGGGUUAAUGCCAGACAUCAGCACAAUCGGCAAGGUCUGGCAUUAGGCUCUGCUGAAGCAUACUGAGCUCCCUAAGUGCGCUUCUUACAGCGGGAGGUGGCAAUAGAUGUGGUCACUCUGGGAGAAAAAAAUACAUAGCUAUAGAAGGGGUGCUAGUCACAUACCUUUUAACAGCAUGGCGUUCACCCCUCCUUCCUGUUAUAGGGCUUUGUAGCUCCCUCUAUCAAGGAAAUUCAUCUGAGGGGGGCAGGAAACCUCAUUAUAAUAUGUGCUAUGUUCCGUGUGGUGACUUAAAGGGGUACUCCACCCCUAGACAUCUUAUC